GGAAAUUCUUUACCUAUAUCUUGGUUCAAAAGUUCAAUUUUCACACAUGCUAACUCAAUACAAUAUAAAGUAACAUCAGAAUUCCCAACUGUUUGAGCCUCUAGAUCGGGAAGGUUGUAGGAGUGACUUGAUGGUGGUCAAAGAAUGAUGUCCCUUUGCAUCCUGAAAGUGUACUUUGUUGUGUUCAUCCUUAUUUUAAUGGAUGGACUUCCAACAGAUUCUGAGGAUGUUCAGAGCAAUCUGAUCAAGCAAAAUGCUGCACAGGAAGCUGCCAAACAAUUGGAUGAAGUGAUCAAAGAGACAAGAGGAAGUGGCAGAGGAAAUGGUGAUAACACAUCCCUGGCAUCUUUACAUGACCUGACUUUCUUCAAGCAGCUGGCAGCAAUGAGAAGACAUAUGGUGCAAAGUGCUGCUAAUGUGGAGGCUUCAAUGACACACAAGCUUCAUGUGGAAGAGCAAUGGACAAUCAAUAUAACAGAUCAUUCAAGUCAAAGUGACCGGGACAAUAUAUCAAUUACCAUAAAGUGUUCAACGGCUGUCCAGCCUUCUGUCUGUAAGAAUGACUGUUGGUCCGAUCGAUACAGAGCCAUCAAUUCCAUGUGCAACAACAGGAAGAUUCCCCAUCUGGGAGCAUCCAACAUGCCUUAUAUUCGCUGGCUCCCAGCUCAAUAUGAGGAUAGAUUUUCCCUUCCAAAAGGCUGGAUAGAUGGGAAACGUUACAAUGGAUUCCCUCUGCCACUGGUCAGAGAAGUUUCCAAUAAAAUCCUGAAAGCACCCUUGAAAAGUAUUGUUUCAGAUCCAGAAAGAAGUCUGUUUUUUACACAGUGGGGCCAGUGGAUUAGUCAUGAAAUAAGCUUAACUCAACCAUCCAACAAUCCGCAGACCGUCAUCAAUGAAAUCAACUGUGCAACGUCUUGUGUGAAGAAAUCCCCUUGCUUCCCCAUUAAGAUACCUCCCGAUGACCCACGUGUCACAGGCACUGGGCAGUGCAUCCCAUUCACCCGUUCAGCUUUUGUAUGCCACUCGGCCUUUGGGAAAGUGAACACUUGUGAGCAGAUUAAUGCACAGACACCUUACCUUGAUGCCAGCAAUGUCUACGGCACCACAGAAAAACAGGCAGAGAGACUCCGGGAUUUCACCAAUGAAAUGGGCUUGUUGAAAAUCAAUCCCACUUUUUCAGACCACAGCUUGCAAUUCCUGCCUUUCGCAAACGGUAGCAGAAUGGAUGGUUGUGCAGCGGCCAACAGCAACUCCUUCUGUCUCAGCAUGGAGGCUGGUGAUGCCCGUGCAAAUGAAAACAUGGUGCUGUUGUCAUUCCAUACGAUAUUUCUACGGGAGCACAAUCGUUUAGCUAGGAAGCUGAAGAGACUGAACCUGCACUGGAGUGGAGAAACCAUCUAUCAAGAAGCAAGGAAAAUUAUUGGAGCAUUUCAACAGAUUAUAACCUACAGGGAUUAUAUUCCUCUGGUAAUUGGCAAGCAUGCGACAGGGAAGUACCUUUCCCAAUACCAAGGCUAUGAUGAAUCUGCCGAUCCCAGGGUUUCCAAUGUUUUUGCCACAGCUGCCAUGCGCUUUGGCCAUGUCACCAUCCAACCAGUUGUGAAACGUUACAAUGAGAAUUACCAGGAGGAUCCAAGCUAUCCCAGCAAGCUCCUGCACAACACUUUGUUCACUCCAAGGAAUGUAAUUAAGGAAGGAGGAAUUGAUCCAAUCAUGCGUGGGUUGUAUGCUAGCCCAGCCAAGCUGCAGACCCAGACUGCAAUGAUGCCGGAUGAGCUGAGGGAGAAGCUGGUUGUAUCACAACAUAAGAUGAAUCUGGACCUAUCAUCCAUUAAUAUCCAACGUUCCAGGGACCAUGGUCUUCAAGGUUACAAUGCUUGGCGAAGGUUCUGUGGAUUAUCUGAACCGCAUGAUCUCUCUGCUCUUUCACUUAUCCUCAAGAAUAAGAAACUUGCAUUUAAUCUUCUCAAACUGUAUGGAACACCAGAGAACAUUGAUGUGUGGGUUGGCGGAAUCUCUGAACCCUUUGUGGAAGGUGGCAGAGUGGGACCAUUGUUCGCCUGCUUGAUAGGACAACAAUACAAGAACCUCCGAGAUGGAGACAGAUUCUGGUGGGAAAAUGAAGGAGUUUUUACUGCUAACCAACGGCAGGCUCUUCAACAUGUCUCAUUAUCUGCCUCCAUCUGCGAUAAUACCGGCAUUGAGAGACUUCCAAGGGAUGUAUUUGCAUUCAGACCAAAUCCAAAGGCAUAUGAUAGAUGCAAUCGCAUACCACGGAUAGAUCUGAGUGCCUGGAAAGAAAGGUUUAACGAAACCUCCUGUGGACCCAUCCCUCUGGUCUGUCAUGCCUUUUUUGCAGUCUGUGGAUCAUUGGUCAGAUACACCUGCCGUUCUGGAUUCAGGCUGGUAGGAGAGGACACAAUAAAAUGCCUGAGAAAUGGACUCUGGAGUUCCACACCACCUACUUGUACAACCUGAUUCCAAACAACUCUGCAGAAUAUCUUCUCUGAAGUACCACUGCAGAAUAUCUUCUCUGAAGCUGGCUUUAUCCUACAGGAAAUAAAUUCAUCCAACCUUCAUGAUCACCAAGAACACUGUUCAAAAAAAGAAGUAUUUUGUGUUUGUUCAGACAUCAAACUUAGUUAGAGUACCACGGAGGAGGAGUUGGAGCUCGUGUACAAUUAACUUCUACAGAAUCAGAAAUACAACGUUUUUAGUUGUUUGUAUGUGGAUAAUGUAUCAAAUCAAUCUGCCUAGCAUUAACACCUUUCUAAUUAAAAGAUGAAGUCUG